GUUUUUUUUCCAGAUGACAAAUUUUCUAGGCUACCUUGUAAUGCCCGAUGACUGCGAGGAACUUUUAUUUUGAAAAACGCGGAACUUUUAGUUUGAUGACUGUAGCUGUCUGUCGCUAUCAUGCCAGGAAACUGACUAACGUAGCUCGUUACAUUCAACAUUUGUCAACACGUGAAACGGCCACCGUGAAUUGACUUUGAACUGUUAUAUCGAAAACGAUAAAACGUCACUGAAAACGAUAAAAUGUGCUGUAGAUUACGUAUAAUAACUGUAAAGAGACCUAACGUUAUCUCCAUCGCGUGCUCUAACUUGUAUUUCUGACUUGGGCAACUGUAUGAUGGCCAGUAACAGUGAGUGGCAGGUAGCAGGUCGGCGUAAAGGUGCCUCGGGUAAAAAGAAGAAAACACGGACUGUUGAUCAUCCAGUCGUCGAAGCUGGAGACAGCUAUCGAGAUCAGCGACGUGUCACGGAGUCUAUGAAUGAACUGAGAGUAGAGGACUUCUGGUUAGAGUGGAAAGAUCUUCUAGGACGGUUGUCCAGUGGGUCCUGUACAGGUCAGACAGGUGUCCAGAGUGAAUGCCUACAGGACUGUGUGUGUUACGGUCUGGGCAGCUUUUCCACGUGUGUGUCUGCACGAUAUCAACUGGCCCUGCUGCUACUCCUGCUAGAUGCUCUCAAGAUUCCAGUGGAGCGCUGCAGUGUGUAUGAUCCUGUGUUCUCUCCAACAGAGCGUGAGACACUUACAGCACUGGGCUUUACGGUUCUCACAGAAAAUGAGGAAGGCAAGCGAGCUGUGCAUCAGCCGACACUCUUCUACCUGAUGCAUUGUGGGAAGGCUCUGUAUAACAACCUACUCUGGAAGAACUGGAGCUCUCAGACCCUGCCCAAACUCCUUGUCAUUGGCAACAGUUUCCUUGGCAUCCAAGAGAGAACGCUGCAAAGGGAGCUUCAGAGAGACUAUGCCUACCUGUCUACUGCGAUGAGUGUGUGUGAUGAGACGACACUGCCGUGCUCGCCACGGUUUUUGGAUGUGUUCAACGACACGGCGCUGAUCCACUUCUCCCCUCAGAGCCUCAGCAAGCUCCCAGAAUCCACCUGGGCUGACCCAGAAGAGCCUCAGUACCAGCAUUGCCAAGACCUGGAGAUCAUCAGGAGAGAGCAGAGAUGACACGUGUGUGUGUGUGUGUGUGUACGCGCACACGCACAUAUUGAAUUAGGAGGUGUGGGUGUGUGAGUGAGGGACAGGUGCAUGUUUAAGAAAAAGAAAGUGUAUGUGUGAGAGUGUAUGUAAUGGGACCUACUAUGUGUGCCAUCACUGGGGGGUUAUUAGAGUAUAAAACAAUGUUAUGUGAGAAUAUUAUUGAAAUAAAUGUAUUUGCACAGUAA